AGUGGGUGCAUCACAAGGCAGGAAAAAGAGAGCAAACACUGUCUGGCUCGCUGGCUGUCCACUCACUCGCAGCUCACACCUGAGCUACACAGAUCUCUGUCCCACGUGAUGUGAUCGAUUGGUUCAUCCAUCCAUCGGCUGGCUACCUAGACACACACCUACAAAAACAUGACUGACGAACGACAGACAACACUUUCCCCCCUUGUGCACGUAGCGUAGUUGGUUUGGUUUGUGCUCUUAACACGCUGUAUCUAUGCAUGUAUGUAUGUAUGUAUGUACACACAACACAACAAACACUCGCCCUCAGUUACGCAAUCCUCACUCCUCAGCUCGACGCACAUCAAACCAAUGGAUGGCCAUAUAAGUAAGUUGGGUGUGUCUGUGUCUGUGUAUGUGUGUGUGUGUCUUAAGUCACUGUCCCCCGGGCGCGCCCCCCUGUCCUCCCUGGCCUGGCGGCUGCUGCUGCGGCUGCUCCUCCUCCAUGAUGUCAUUCAUGUUCUCAAACAGAUAGUUGGCCGCCAACUCCUGCACACACACAGUCAUCCAGGAUGCACACAGACACACAGGUGAGGGUGUUUUGGUGGAUGGAUGGAUGGAUGGGAGCAGCGAUGGGUGUGUGUGGUGACCCACCUCGUUCUUGUCGCAGCUGAUGUACGCCUCGGCGGCAGCAUGGCGCGAGAACCCGAGAGCCUCCAACUGACAGAUAUAAGACCCAUGCACUCACAUGGAGGAGUGUCGAUCAAUGGCUCACCCGCUGCACCGCCUGGUCGUCCUCAGGCGUCAGCUGCACCGUGAUCACUUGAGCUGAGCCACACCACACACGAGCACCCAACACAAUGACCGACAAGGCAGGCACGCGUCUGGUGUGUGUGUGAGGUGUCUAUCUACGUGGCUGCGGUCCGACGGGCUCCUGGAGUAUCCGCACAAACUCCUCAGGAUGCUGCUGGAUCAACGUCAUGAGCUCUGGGUUCUGCACCGAGAUGGACUGCAGGAUCUGAUUGAGCGACUCGGGCUGACUCUGGGGGACACAAUAAUACAUACAAUACAUCAGACAACAAGUGGGGGGACAGCACCCAUCCAUCCAUCCAUCCAUGCAUCCAUCCGAUCUGUCUCCUCCUCUGUCAAGUGUGACUCAUCAUCUCACCUGCACGAGUGCCCGCAGCUGGUUGAACUGGGGGUAGUUCCGCAACGCAGCCAACGGACCGCCCUGCCAUCCAUCCAUCCAUCCAUCCAUACCAGCACCUAUCCGCACUCAGAUCUGGUCGUUGUGUUGUCUCUCACCUGUCCCUCGCCAGGUUGCUGUUGCCCUCCCAUGGCCGGCGGCGGCUGCUGUUGCUGCUGCUGCUGCUGCCCCAUUGUGGCCGGCGGCGCCUGCUGCCCCCCGGCACCCGUCAUGGCUGCAGCGGGCGGCACGGCCGUCCCAGCAGGGGCAGGGGGAGGAGCCUGCGGCUGUGCACCGCCCGGGAUCCCCUGCACACCACGCCCAUACACACCACACGCACAUACAAUACACACAGGCCACGGGUGUCUUGUGUUGUGUCGGUUAGUUGCUGGUCGUGUCGUGUCGUUGUGUCUGUCGGUCAUGUGAAGUACCUACCGUCAUGAGGUACUCGACGGCUCUGUCAGGGUUGUUGAAGGCGGCGCGCAUGGCCAGCUGCACCUGCGCCCGGUCGAAACCCAUGUCAACGAUGUUCUGAAUCGCCUGCAUAACAUGACGGAAGGAAACACAACCACAUCACAACACAGCACAGCAUGCGAGUCCCCCGGACCUCCCUCCCUCCCUCCCUCGGUCGCACACUCACCGAUUCGAGAUUUUGUCCAGUGAUGAGUGCCGAUGCCGCCUGGUCAUACGACGUUCCAGCAUCACCACCCGCACCCUCAGUCGUGCCCGCAGUCUGCUGCUGCUGCUGCUCGGUCGGCUGCUGCGCCGGCUGCUGGGCGCUGGUCUCAGUCGACGGAGCCUGUGGUGCUGCUGGAGGGGCAGCAGGUGCUGUGGAGGCUGGCGUGGUGCUGUUGGCCGCUGGGGCAGCGGCGGGCGGGGCAGCAGCGCCUGUAGUGCCUGCUGCGGCAGGCUGGGAGGGGGACUGACCGGCAGGAGCAGGCUUCUGCAACACAUAGACACACACAUAUGGACAGGCCGACAUGCAUGCUGUCCAUCGUGUCGUUGUGUCCCGUUGCCUGUUUCUGGCCCUCCCUCCCUCCCUACCCACCUUUUGGCACAUGAUGACGAGUGUGGUGUUUUCCUCGAUUUGGUAGUCGCUGAUCUUUUGGUUGUCGGAGAGGAUCUUGCCGGAGCAGAUGACCUUCAUGACGUCGGCCUCCAUCUCCGGCCACACGCCCUGUAUCUUGUCCUUGAGCGUCCGUAUGCUGUCCGACGGCUCCACAUCCACCUCCUUCGGAUCCUUGUCCUUCAGAGACUUCACCUUCAGCUUCAUCGCUACCUACCACUCACUGAAUGACACGGUGCUCACGA